UUUUCCGGCUCCCCCUCAGUCCCACCGCGCUCGGGAAGGUCGGGCAGGGCGGACGAGUCACCGCCGAGUCCCGUCUGUAUCAUGUUGUCCGCCGGCGUCCGCCGCUUCGCAACCUCCGCCAUCCGCCGCAGCCACUAUGAGGAGGGACCUGGGAAGAACCUGCCUUUCUCUGUGGAGAACAAGUGGCAGCUGCUGGCACUCAUGUGUGGGUUCUUUGGAAGUGGAUUUGCUGCCCCUUUCCUCAUAGUCAGACACCAGCUCCUGAAGAAAUGAAGGGCACGGACUGUAACUGCACUAACUGGAGUUGGAAGUCUUCUACCCAUCACCUUUCAGUGGGAAAAUGAUAGCUGCAGUACAAGCUGGAUGGGUCUAAAUAAAAUCUUAAAUCUGAAAA